AUGCAGAUACUUCCUAUAAUAUCGUCACUAAUAUGUCUUAUACUCAUAAGUCUUACAUGGGCCAGAGAACGACUAGGGAAAUCAACGGUGCCUGCCUUUAGACAGGAAAAUGGGGUCAUCCAUGCAAGCGAUGUACAAUAUAAUCAGCAUCAGCAGCAACCAGGGCAAGCACAUAUAACAGCACAGCAUCAGCAGCAACCACAUCAACUACAUCAUCAGCAAAAUAGCAAGUCACUUCUACCAUUGGAAUUUCGAUCGAUUGAUGACUGCGAAUUACAAGACAUUUUACUCGUUAGUGAUAUCAAUGGGAACUUGCAUGGGGUAGAGAGGAGUACUGGAACUAUGGUUUGGACCUUGCCGAUAGAUGAACCAUUGGUCAAAGUCCAAGCAAAUAACACAUUUGAGAACCUGAAAAGUCAGCAGUCAAAUAUUCUAUGGUUUGUUGAACCAUAUGAAGAUGGUACUUUGUACUACUUUACUCCUAUGUAUGGGUUAAAUAAACUACCUACAAGUAUAAAACAUUUGGUGAUGGAAUCACCGUUUUCACUCAGUGGUGAUGAUAAGAUCUAUACAGGUACUAGGAAAACAUCCUUGUACAGUUUAAAUAUUCACACAGGUGAAGUCAAGUCAUCGUUCGGAAACCAAGAUGAGUGUCCGGUGCUGCAAACCACUUUGCCUCCUAGACCUGGUGGACAAGACGAUACCAUAAUGAUUGGAAAGACAACAUACGAAUUGUCUAUCCAUUCCAAAUCAAAUAGUAAUAUUGUAUGGAAUGUUACCUAUAAUCAGUGGGUGCCAAACAAUAUUGACAAUGACUUGAUAAUGCAAAAUAAACAAUCUUUAGACAAGUUAUAUUUCACCCCCUUCCAUGAUAGAUCAUUAUUAGCCAUAAAUAAGGAUAUUGGUACUCCAAUUUGGAUCAGUCGGUUACCAGCAUUGGCUGUCAACAUAUUUGAUGUUUUUCAUAAUGAUAAACAGAGAGAUUAUGUUCUUCUACCACAUCCGUUGGAAGUAUUGAAUCAACUACAAACAAGUGACCCAAAGAAUGAUGAUUUAGUUUUUAUCAAUAAAACAGCCAACUCGAAUCAAUGGGUGGCCAUGAGCUUUCAUAACUAUCCCACUUUGAUCAAAAGUGCUCCAAUUUCCAAAUACCAAGCUAUCUUGAACCAAUAUUACGCAGGCGUUAAUGAGGCAGCGGGGUACAUUGAAAACUAUCAACUUUCCACCAGUACGCCCGAACAAGUUGAACAGUUAAUAACUGGUAUUCAUCGAGUUGUUGAACUAUCCAGAGAUUCAUCUUAUCAACCAAUAUCUAAAUUUUCUUCACCCAAGGAUAUCAAAAGAAUAGGGGAUGGUAAUGAAGAAAAUAAUACACCAGCACAACUGAUUCCCAACAUCAUUGAUGGCAUUAAAUUUCCUGCAAAAGUCUCUACUAUUGGGUCGGACGUUAUUAUGCUUGAGCCUGUAAAGGAUACUGUUGAGGAUUUCCAAUCGCAUAUAGGCUCUUCUGGAUCAGGAGCCAUUUUUAAACGUAUUGUCGAGGAUAUAGGUGUUAUGGUGGUCAUUCUCAUUUUAAUAUUAGCAUUUGGAAGGUCAAACAAGUACGUCAAGAAACUAUUUGGGGAAUUCCGAACGAAGGAUGAUCUAGAAGUUGUGGGGGAUGAAAAGCCUAAGCAGAUUGUUGUUGAGCAACAAUCGAACGGAAUAGUUUAUGAAAAGAGCAAUUUGGCUGAGCCGGAGUCAUUGAGAAUUGAAAAACCAGACAUCCUGGAGGAGCUAAUGGAGGUCCUUGAAGUGGAAAACACGCAAUCAGCAAAUAAACCUACUGAGGGUCUACGAAAGAAGAAGGUCACAAUUGUUGAACCAGAAGUAAAGCCUGUGGAGGAUAUUGAUAUCGGUGUUCAUUCUUUGUUACCUCAACAAGAGGACGUUUCACAAUUAGGGCAGGGAAACAUUGCAACUCAAGACAAUGAAGAUGAGAAAGAGCACAUUGAAACCGAACCAGUUGCAAAAAAAAAGCGGAAAAGAGGUAGUAGAGGGGGAGCCAAGCGAGGCGGCAGACAUAUCAACAAGAACAAAAGUACCGAAGAUAAGGAGUCUAGCAAUGAGGACAAAAAUAGUGAAGAUGACGUUGAGGAGGAAGUUAUUGCAACAAAGAGUCUUAUACAGACCUUACCAUUGCCACCUAAACUGAAAAAGAAGUUACAAAUAGAAAAUAAUUUGGUCAUUUCGGAUAAAAUUCUUGGCUACGGAUCACAUGGUACAGUUGUUUUUGAAGGUACAUUUGAAAAUCGACCAGUCGCAGUUAAGCGAAUGUUGCUUGAUUUUUAUGACAUUGCCAACCAUGAAGUUAGAUUGUUGCAAGAAUCCGAUGAUCAUCCUAAUGUCAUCAGGUACUUUUGCUCUCAGUCGUCCGAAUCGGAAAAAUUUCUAUACAUUGCCUUGGAGCUUUGUUUAUGUACUUUGGAAGAUAUUAUCGAAAAACCGCAAAAGGUUGCUGAUUUAUCGAUACCGAGAAGAAAUGAUAUUUUGUACCAGUUGGCUAGUGGGCUACAUUAUCUACAUUCAUUGAAAAUAGUUCAUCGAGAUAUCAAACCUCAGAACAUUUUGGUUGCUAAUGUUAAGAAACCUAAUCAUUUGAAAAAGGACCCUAUUGUACUAGAGCAAAUUCAGUAUGAGAAUAAUGUCCGAUUAUUGAUAUCGGACUUUGGAUUGUGUAAGAAGUUGGAACACGAUCAGUCAUCGUUUAGAGCAACUACUCAACAUGCAGCUUCAGGAACUUCAGGAUGGAGGGCACCUGAAUUAUUACUCAAUCAUGACUUGUUAGAAAUUUCACCUGACUCCAUCUCGUCUGUCCAUUCAAAUGGAGCCACAUCCACCAUAUCUGCAACAUCUUCAUCUACAGCAUAUACUGCAGGAGGCAAACGAUUAACUAAAGCCAUUGAUAUAUUUUCCCUUGGGUGUGUAUUUUUCUACAUUCUAACUAAUGGCUUACAUCCAUUUGGUGAUCGAUAUAUGAGGGAGGGUAACAUCAUCAAAGGUGAAUAUGAUUUAUCUAUUUUACCCACUAAAUGUCCACAUGAUAAAUAUGAAUCAAUUGAUUUGAUUUCAAGUUUAAUUCACGCAAACCCAGCAAUGCGCCCUAACACCACCAAAAUUCUCAAUCAUCCCCUUUUCUGGUCAAAUACUAAACGACUUGAAUUUUUGCUCAAAGUCAGUGAUCGAUUUGAAAUUGAAAAACGUGAUCCACCAAGUGCAUUAUUACUAGAAUUGGAAAAGCAUGCAGUAACGGUACAUAAUCUCGAUUGGCAUACUCAGUUAGCUGAUGAUGAAUUUUUGGAAAAUUUGGGCAAGUAUCGAAAAUAUCAAACUACCAAAUUGAUGGAUUUGUUACGAGCUAUUCGAAACAAGUAUCAUCAUUAUAAUGACAUGCCUGUGAGCCUACAGGAUAAAAUGGCUCCAUUACCUAACGGUUUUUAUCAGUAUUUCAAUGAUAAGUUUCCUCAUUUGUUGAUGGAGAUUUAUUAUUGUGUACAAGAGAAUUUGAAACAUGAGUAUGUGUUUAGUGAAUAUUUUGCAUAG